AUGACAUUUUAAGAACUACAUUUCCCAGAUUGAUAAGUGGCCUAUGACGUCAAAUGUAUGCGCCGAUCUCUACAGUCGUUGAAGAGCUCUCUAGUAGCUACAUGGUUAAUACUACAUACUGAAGUAGUCACCAUGGUGAUGAAGUCAGCAGUUGAGGAUGAUGAUGCUGGCUGGGGGCUGGGCAUCCCAGAAAAGAUGAAGAACAAUGCCAACUGGGUUGAUAUUACGCAUGAAUUCAAGGGCGCAUGCAAAGAGUUGAACCUUGGAGAGUUGCUUCAUGACAAACUGUUUGGUUUGUUUGAGGCCAUGUCAGCCAUAGAGAUGAUGGAUCCGAAGAUGGACGCCGGAAUGAUUGGAAACCAGGUCAACAGGAAAGUGCUCAACUUUGAACAAGCUAUCAAGGAAGGUGCCAUUAAGGUGAAAGACCUCAGUCUUCCUGAACUCAUCGGGAUCAUAGACACAUCUUUCUGCUGUUUGAUUACAUGGCUGGAGGGACACUCGCUGGCGCAGACUGUGUUCACCUGUCUAUACGUCCAUAACCCAGACCUGAUUGAGGAGCCAGCUCUCAAAGCUUUUGCCCUGGGCAUCCUCAAGGUGUGCGACAUCGCCCGAGAGAAAGUCAACAAGGCUGCUGUGUUCGAGGAGGAGGAUUUCCAGGCCAUGACCUAUGGCUUCAAGAUGGCCAAUAAUGUCACAGACCUGCGGGUGACAGGUAUGCUGAAAGACGUGGAGGAUGAGUUACAGAGGAAAGUUAAGAGCACGCGCAUUCGACAGGGUGAGCAGCGAAACCCGGAGGUUGAGCUGGAGCAUCAGCAGUUUUUGGCACUUUUCAAUAGAAUCAAGUUCACACGCCUUCUACUGACUGCACUGAUCACCUUUACCAAGAAAGAGACCAGCUCGGUGGGCGAGGCCCAGAAGCUUGUGGUUCAGGCAGCUGAUCUCCUAUCAGCCAUGCAUUCCAGUAUUCAGCACGGCAUCCAGUCCCAGAAUGACACCACUAAAGGAGACCACCCCAUCAUGAUGGGCUUUGAGCCCCUGGUAAACCAGAGACUGCUGCCACCUACUUUUCCUCGCUACGCCAAGAUUAUCAAGAGGGAGGACAUGGUGGCCUACUUCAGCAAACUCAUAGAACGCAUCAAGACCGUCUGUGACGUGAUCAACACCACCAACCUGCAUGGCAUACUGGACUUCUUCUGUGAGUUCAGUGAGCAGUCUCCCUGUGUGCUCUCCAGAUCUUUACUCCAGACAACGUUCCUGAUCGAUAAUAAGAAAGUGUUUGGGACCCACCUGAUGCAGGACAUGAUUAAAGAUGCUCUGAGAUACUUCGUCAGCCCGCCUGUCCUCUCCUACAAAUGUUGUCUGUUCAACAACCACCAGGCCAAGGAUUACAUUGACUCCUUUGUUACGCACUGCUCCAGGCCGUUCUGUAGUCUGAUCCAGAUCCACGGACACAACCGAGCUCGACAGAGAGACAAACUGGGUCACAUUCUUGAAGAGUUUGCCACACUCCAGGACGAGGCAGAGAAGGUGGAUGCAGCCCUGCAUAGUUUGCUGAUGAAACUUGAGCCUCAGCGGCAGCAUCUAGCCUGUCUUGGCACCUGGAUCCUCUACCACAACCUGAGGAUCAUGAUCCAGUACCUGCUGAGCGGCUUUGAGCUGGAGCUGUACAGCAUGCACGAAUACUACUACAUCUACUGGUAUCUGUCUGAGUUCCUUUACGCGUGGCUGAUGUCCACUCUGAGCAGAGCCGACUCCUCACAGAUGGCAGAGGAGCGGAUUAUGGAGGAGCAGGUGAAAGGACGCAGUAGUAAAAAGACCAAGAAGAAGAAAAAAGUCUGCAUGUCAUCCUCUGCAGUUCGCCCUCUCAGCAAGGAGAUCACCAUGAGCCAAGCGUACCAGAACAUGUGUGCUGGCAUGUACAAGACUAUGGUAGCUUUGGAUAUGGAUGGGAAGGUGCGUAAGCCUCAGUUUGAGUUGGACAGCGAGCAGGUUCGCUACGAGCAUCGCUUCGCCCCCUUCAACAGCGUGGUCACCCCCCCACCCGUGCACUAUAUCCAGUUCAAGGAGAUGUCUGAUCUGAAGAAGUACAAUCCUCCGCCAGGUUCCGCUGACCUCUACAUGGCCGCCAGCAAACACUUCCAGCAGGCCAAGCUCAUCCUAGAAAAUGUGCCAACCCCAGACCCUGAGGUGAUCCGUAUACUGAAGGUGGCCAAGCCCAACAUAGUAGUUACGAAGCUCCUGGCUGGAGGGCACAAGAAGGAGACCAAGGUGCUCCCGGAAUUUGACUUCUCAGCUCACAAGUACUUCCCUGUGGUCAAGAUUAUCUGAUUCUGCUCUGCACCGCGGGUUGAUUACAGUACGAGAGUGUCAUCAUAAAGACCAUCGGCCACUGUAGACCGUACCCUCACCUGAACCUCACCUAACUGUAAAGGAGUGUUUGAUACACCCGACUCUUUUUUUUCACCGGAAUGAGAGAUGAAACCAGAUCAGAGAACUCACAACUGGACCUAAAUGACUGACAAGAUCCACAUCUGCACCUGUGAAAGUUCAUGUUUGUUUCUUUGUGUGUGUGUGUGUGAGUGAGUGUGUGCGCACGAGUCAGACACAAGUCGAGGUGCUUUUUCGCAAGGAACUGGCCGAUGGAAGUUUUUCUAAGCUGCUUCCAGAACAGUUUUAUGAAGGCUGUAAUGAUAAUGAGUGUAUGUCAUUCAAUCAUAUGAAACCUUCCUUUGUAUUUAUGUGCUUAUCUGAAUGAAAAUGUUUCUGAAUGGACUGCAGUAUCUUGUUUUACCUCAUACAGCACCAGUUUCAUGCGAGUACUGGGUGGCAUCACUGGGACAAUCUGCAGAGAAGAACCACUCCUCACACUGUUUAUAAUCCUGUAAGUGCAGAGUAAAGUUGCAACACACUUAAGAGAUCCAAAAUUCACAACUAACAGCAGUGGUAGAGAUACAGUACUUUCCAUGCCAGGGAACCAUCUGCACUGCUUCCUCAAACCAAUGCCAGCAGCUGUCACACAUAUCAAGACCAUAAUAAAACAUGUCUUUACUUAUU